AUGGACACCUCAAUUGCCGAUAUAGAAUGGACAAUCGAUAUCGGUGCUUCGAAUCAUAUGACUCGCAAAUUCGGGAAGCGAAUUUCUCCAAUAGGCAAAACUCGGGAUCGGAGGAGUUAUGGCACCAACGUCUUGGACAUCCACAAAGCUCGCCAUCAAGAUUUUGCGAACAAAGAAUCGAAGAUGUUACAUUUGAUUCCUCUUCAAAUUGUGAUCAUGACCACUCUCCUAUACCUCGACGAACCGAUCGUUACGGAAUCUUUGACACAUCAUGAUAAUUCAUUGGAUACAACACCUCCAUCUCCCGAAGUCGCCAUCAUACUUGACACGGGUAGUUCCUCAUCCAUUUCUUCUCCUUUAAAUUCUAACUCUCCUUUACAUGUUGAACGAGUUCAACCAAGCAUCUCAUCCUAUGGUCACUAG